ACUGAAAAAGUAAAAGAACAACAAGUCUAAUUAGGGAGAAUGUUCGGUUGAACAAACACAGGACUCUCAAUCACAAGGCCGCUCUUUAUUGGUUGAUUAAUGCUACUUUUUUAUGUUACUUACACACUUAUCCAUCACAAUGAAUAUCAUCAACCUAACAAAAAUACUUUCAGACCUAAACCUAAAAGUGAGUAAACAUAUAUUAUACUUUUAUUUAGAAAUGGAAUGGAAUCUGUCACGGUGGCAAUGACACUGAAGAGGUCCCCCUACCAAGCUGUUAGUAUUUCACUGUUAGGGACUGAGAAUGUGUUGCACCAAGGGUCAGCAUCAUGGAGCUCAAAAUGUAGCCAUGCAAUCAUCACAAUGUGUUGUGUGUGUAAAAUUCAAGAAGUAGCCGAGUGAGGUGCUGACCAAAUGGCAGGAACGAACAGCCACAGACAUCACAUUAAAUACCAACGGCUGCUUUCAUCAGAUCAGAGGGGCCCCUGCUCAUGGGCACACUGCCAUUCUUCCUCUUCUAGUGUAAACAGUUGACUCCUGCUCACCACACAAGUCCAACUUGUUUCCUCGAGGUGGUGCUACAGAUCUCUGUCUGCCAUGUUGGCCCACUCUUUCUUUCCAUUGCAGCCAACAAGCAGAGUUCCAUUUGGACUGGCGUUACCUCAGUUAGAUGUUUCAGGUUCACUUUGAAGAAAGAUGCAUGAGCAGAUUUUGACACUACAGAGGCUUCCUCGGGAAAAUAGGGAAAUUUGUGCUUAACUUCCAUCUCAUUUUGAAGCUACUAUGAGGAUCCUUCAUAUUUUGUUGAUUUCUGGCCACGGUGAUUUUUCCCUGCACAAUAAUCCAUUUAGAAAACCACUUAUUUUACCACAGGAGGGUCUGAAAAUCUAAAAGAUACGAAAUAUUAAAUGAUAACAAAUUGUUAUCAUUUUAAUCUGAGAAACGUUACUGUUUUAUGAAACCUCUUUGCAACUCUGUACAAAAACAGAGAGGAACAUCCUGAAAUGAUGCUUUUUUUGUAAGGCAGCUUAAAGUAAAAUAUAACCCAAACGUUUUGUGAUAAUCCUUUGAAUUAUGCAAGUAGUUGCGGAAAAAGUUAUAAAUUGCAUCUCACUUUUUGUAAAUGGUCCAACCUGCGUUGCGAACGUUUUUCUACAUGUUUUGCCGUCCUAAUAUGUCAAUUUAUUUUCCACUGACGGAAUAGCGGAGGUUUUAGUGCCACACAGUUUGACCCAUCUUUGCAACCAAUCAAACGUAACCCCAUUUCUACCCUGGUUUGUCCUCUUUUCUUCCUUUUUUCGUUCUUGAGACUUCUGAGAUGCACCUGUAUCUGAUCAUUGGUGGAGUACUUCACCUGCUGGCAGGGAUCCAGUCGGCAGCAGUGACACAGGACACUGGGGUUAAAUCUGCCACUGUUGGGGACAAUGUGACUUUACAUUGCUUUUACGACACCCAAGUGGCAAUGCACUUCUCCUGGUACCGACAAACCUUUGGCGGCGGACCGCAGCUCGUGUCCAAUUUUUACAAGCACGACGAACCAUCCAAAGUCUACCACUGGUUGUUGAAGAACCCUCGUUACUCCGUGCAAAGGGCGGAAGGGAUGAAUCAUUUAAACAUCUCUGACGUCCAAUUAUCAGAUUCAGCCAGAUACUUUUGUGGAAGCUCCCACUCCAACAUUGCGGAAUUUGGAGACGGGGUCUUUCUUAGCGUCAAAGGAGUCAACCUCAAAGAAAUAAUCCAGUGGCCAGUUUCUGAGACCUUGCAUCCGGGAGACACUGUGACUUUCAACUGUACCAUACACUCCGGGACCUGUGACGGAGAUCAAAGUGUUUACUGGUUCCAACACAGAUCUCGCGGAGGCGUCCUCAAGACCCGCGUGGAUGAGUGUGAGCACCUUUCCGCACCACCAGGGUCUCCUUCACAAAGCUGCGUCUACCAUUUACAGAAGGUGAACGUGAGCUCCUCAGAUGCUGGAACCUACUACUGUGCCGUGGCCUCCUGCGGGGAGCUGCUGCUCGGUAAUGGAAGCGAGCUGCUCGUCAAAGAUGGUAACCAAGGAGACCCAAGGGCACCGAUGACAACUUUAGUCUGGCUCUCCAUCAGUAGAACUGUGACUCUCUUUUUGUUGGUAACUAUUUGUCUCCUGGUGGAGAUCAGUAAGAGUCGGUGAUGUCUUAAAUGUUUGGCUCAAAAUAUUCAGCUCUGAAUAAAAAUUAAAAAAACAACAAAAAUGAUUUAUUUCCAGCUAUUUUGUUGUCUAAAUGUAUUCAAUUUUUCUCAAUAAAACAAUU